UUGCUGGAGGGGGAGCCGCUGAGGAUUCUGGGAGGCUCUAUGCACUAUUUUCGAGUCCCUAAAGAAUACUGGAGGGAUCGGAUGCUGAAGAUGAAGGCGUGCGGCCUGAACGUUCUCACUACAUAUGUUCCUUGGAACCUUCACGAGUCAAAGAGGGGAAAGUUUGACUUCUCUGGGAACCUCGAUAUUUGGACCUUUCUAGAUAUAGCAGCUGAAGUGGGAUUAUGGGUGAUUCUACGCCCAGGGCCAUAUAUAUGCUCAGAGUGGGAUCUGGGAGGAUUACCUAGCUGGCUACUGCGAGACAAGGACAUGCAACUACGCACAACACAUAAAGGCUUUGUGGAGGCGACUGAAGCAUAUUUUGAUCAGCUUAUAUCCACAGUGGCUGGACAUCAAUACAUGCGGGGAGGAGCGAUAAUAGCUGUCCAGGUGGAGAAUGAGUAUGGCUCUUAUGCAAAGGAUGCCAACUACAUGGAGUUCAUAAAGACAGCUCUCGAACGGCGAGGGAUUGUGGAAUUGUUAUUGACAUCUGACAACAAAGAUGGAAUCAGCUCAGGC